CAUUAAUAUCGCAUUCACCGUUGUCUACAUCCUCCACAGUAUCUGCUCACUAUUAUCUCAGUCACAACAACAACAACACCACUACACUGUCGCCAUGACAGAAUCCCCCGGCUCCCCCCUCUCCUCCAUCGCCUCCGACGAGGACAUGUCGGACCGCGACGACCUCAAGCCACCCUUCUCGCCCUCCGGCUCCGUCACCAACUCCGCCAACAACAUGCCCCCUUCGAAACGCCGGCGCACCACCGGCGGCGGUGUCGCUUCCUGGGACCGCAACACCCCGGUCUCCACCACCUUCCCCGAGGAUAUCCCGCCGCCCUCGCCCUCCACCUCCAUCUCCUCCGACACCUCCGGCGAGAUCCCCAACUCGCCCGGCACCUACGCCCUCAUCGGCGGCAGCAUCGACGACGACUACAGCGGCCAGGCCAACGACCAGGUGACCGUGUGCCGGUGGGACGGCUGCGACGCGGGGGAUCUGGGGAACAUGGACGGGCUCGUCAAGCACAUCCACGAGGAGCACGUUGGCAGCCGCCAGAAGAAGUACUCGUGCGAAUGGGCCGACUGCAGUCGGAAGGGGCAAACGCAUGCGAGUGGCUAUGCGUUGCGCGCCCACAUGCGGAGUCAUACGCGCGAGAAGCCGUUCUACUGCGCUUUGCCUGAAUGUGACAGGAGUUUCACCCGUUCCGACGCCCUAGCGAAACAUAUGCGCACCGUGCAUGAAACCGAAGCGCUGCGGCCCUCGGAUCCCGUCCCGAAACACCACACCACGCUCGCGGCGGCGGCGGCGACCGCAGCGGCGGCUUCGUCCUCGGCCGCACCGACCCCGACGGGGACCCCGGCUGGCAAGGUGCAGCGCAUCAAGCUGAAGCUCUCGCAGCCCAAGGGGGAGGAUUUGGGGGAGCACAGCGAGAGCGCGAAUGAGGAGAUGGAGGAGGAUCUCUCCGUGCCGCCUGUCGGCUCAGAGAAGGGGUUCGAUGUGCACGAGCUGCUGCUCGAGGGCCCGCAGCUGUACCGGUUGCUGUUGCGGCAGAUGCACUGGGCGCGCAAGGAGGGUGAUCAGUUGAAGGCGGCCUGGGAGAAGAUCCAGGUGAAGCGGAAGGAGGCGUGGUUGGAGAAGGAGACCAUCUUCGAUGAUCUGGUCGAGGCGGAGUUGGGGCUGUUUCGCACGAUAGCGGGACAGGAGGGGGCGUUGUUGGGGGUGGAGGUCGAGACACAGCCGCCGCGGGAGCCGCAGGUCGAGGCGACGGAGUCGGGGGAGGCGGAGGUCAAGGCGGAUCCGCAGGAGGAGGUUGUUUCGUGAUGAUGUCGCCGUAAAUCUGUGAUGCCUUCUGCUUUGGGCUUGACCCACGCCGUGUGCAAUUGCGUGCGUGGUAUAGUGGGAGGCGCGAUUUGGGUGUUUCGUUUAUGCGGGUUCAAAAAUAUUCCUGGUUUUCGUUACUGUGUACUUUAUGGGAGGGGAGUUGGGCGUUCAUUUAUUCUUAAUUGUUGCUUGCCUUGGGGGCUACUUAAUGACUGGUGUCUGUGUGCUUCUUAGCCUGAGAGUUGAGGUCGUCGGGGAAUAAAGAUUUGCAUUCGG